GGUGGAUCCUCCCGCACUCCGGCUCUGAACUCCCCGGGCCCGGGUUCACCAAGGCGGGCACGAACCGCGUCGUCAGCCGGGAGGGAGCACCGGGUCGGUCCGGACCAUGGAGCCGUGAGGCCCGCUGGAGGAGACCGGACAGGGAGCCCCGAGCCCCGCGGAGCUGCUGUCGGUGUGUCGGUGUCCGAGGCACCGGGAGGAACCAUGAUGUAUUCAUCCAGGAGGAAACCGGUGCUGUGGUUCCGAGAGGAGAGGAGGUUCCUGUCGGGCCGCUGCACGGUCUACAAGCUGUUCGGCCUGUGCAUGCUGCUGGUGCUGGUGUCUCUGCUGUGGCUGCAGCUCAGCUGCUCGGGGGACAUGUCCCCCCGGAUGCAGGAGGACAGACGCCCCGCCCAGCCGCCGCCCCCCCCCUGCCCCGGGGACCAGGCGCCCGCGGUGGACGACCCGUCCUGGGGUCCUCACAAGCUGGCGCUCAUCAUCCCCUUCAGAGAGCGCUUCGAGGAGCUGCUGGUGUUCGUUCCCUUCAUGCACACGUUCCUCAACAAGAAGAAGAUCCGCCACAAGUUCAUCAUCGUCAACCAGGUGGACCACUACAGGUUCAACCGGGCGUCCCUCAUCAACGUGGGCUUCCUGGAGAGCGGCAACGAGACGGACUACCUGGCGAUGCACGACGUGGACCUGCUGCCGCUGAACGACGCCCUGGACUACGGCUUCCCCGGGGGGGGGCCCUUCCACGUGGCGUCGCCCGAGCUGCACCCGCUGUACCACUACAAGACCUACGUGGGGGGGAUCCUGCUGCUCACCAAGAAGCACUACCACAUGUGUAACGGGAUGUCCAACCGGUUCUGGGGCUGGGGACGAGAAGACGACGAGUUCUACAGGAGACUGAAGAAAGCUGAACUGCAGCUGUUCAGACCCAGUGGAAUCACCACCGGAUAUAAAACCUUCCUCCACAUCCACGACCCGGCCUGGAGGAAGAGGGACCAGAAGAGGGUCGCCGCUCAGAAACAGGAGCAGUUCAAGGUGGACCCGGGGGGGGGGCUGACCAACCUGCGGUACCAGGUGGAGUCCAGACAGGAGCUGACCAUCAGCGGGGCGCCGUGCACCGUCAUCAGCACCAAGCUGGAGUGUGACCAGGACCAGACGCCGUGGUGCCUGCUGCUGUAGACCAGCUGGAACCCUCUGCUGGUGGAACUGGGAUCCGGUUCUCCUGGUGGAACUGGGAUCUAGUGCUCCUGGUGGAACUGGGAUCUGGUUCUCCUGGUGGAACUGGGAUCCGGUUCUCCUGGUGGAACUGGGAUCUGGUUCUCCUGGUGGAACUGGGAUCCGGUUCUCCUGAGGAUCUGCAGCUGGAUCAUCUCCAGUGACACCAACAGACUUAUUGAACUUGGAUUCAUUUUCCACAUUGAACUGGAACCAGCAGCUGAAGCUGUGAACUUGUGUUUGGAUCCAAACGUCCUGAUGACGACUUCCUUUCUGUCAAACUGCUCAGUCCAAUAACUGAAGAUUCAAACUUCUCACCGUGACGACCACGAACAAACGCACUUCCUGUCUGACCUCAAACCUCAGCGGACGCAGAGCGACAUCGUGGCUGAUCGGAGACGAGCUGGACGACGGGAUCGAACCCCCGGCUCGUUACCUGCUGGUACGACCUGAACCUAAAGUCUGUUUUCUCCCUGUGGGCCUGUGCGAACAAAACGACCUCCGGAGACGCACGUUUCUCCAGAUGUCGACCACAUCUGGACCACGUGCGUCUCACGGUCACUUCACAGGGUUUCAUUUAGCUCUUCAGAUCAGAAAAAGGUCAAAUAUGAUAUUGAGGAUUCAUCAGACUACUAACCUCCAGAGUGACACUGUGGAAACUACUUUUUGUUGUUGAUGAGGAAAGAGUUUUCUCAUCAACCGUAUGAUCUUUGUUUAGACUCGAAAUUAACCAAAGGAAAAAUAGACUUUACUUUACAAUCAGGAUUCUGUCUCAUAAUCAAAACCUGGUAUUGAAUAGUUUAAUUUUCCCAUAAUUACAAGAAAUGAUGAGCUAUGACCUCAUAACUACGAGAAAACCCCUGAGUUUAUUCUCCUUGAUAAACACAGAGUUUUUCUUCAAAGUUUACUGAGCAACACUGUUCCAGGUUUUAAACUCAUCACUGUUGCCAUGGUUACGCCUGUUGUCCACUCUGGAGACUUGUCGGACUCGUUUCAGAUUGUAACUCUGAGCUUGUGUUUCAGUCUGAACAGAAACUGAGACACGUUCUCUUCCUGAUUCACAUGUGUUGUUCACACCAGCUCAAUCACUUGAUUAUUCUCAGAGUUCACAAAAUAAAGUGUGAGUCUGUUUAUUUAAAAAAUAA